CAAGGCGGGGAAAGUGACAUCACAAGCGGAAACGCCAAACUUUCCUAGAGCGCAUACUUAACGCGGCGUCUUUUACAGAAAAGCAAAGGGCACGGAGAGCUUAUGAGUGCACCAGAAGUCGGUAUGGUGAUGGGGGAUGAGAGCCACAAUUCCUAGCUACCUUGUGCCCAGGAAAUACUUGUACUUUAUCAGUGUUCAGAGUGGAAGAAGCAGCCGUUCCCUGUAACUCUUAGAUGGAUGUGAAACAGGAGAUGUACCAGACGGACAUGUUGGACAUGGAGUUAAAGACUGUAAAUAUUAAGGAGGAAGAAGUCUUCAAAUGGGAGCAUGUUCACCAUCAACAGCAGAGUUUGUGCGUUAAACAUGAGAACUGGGAACAGGAGACCGUGGGCAUAAAGGAAGAGUCCGAGGAGAAGCCUGUCGUCAGUGAUAUGGAAAAAUAUGAAAUUAUAAACAGAGUCAAGAAAGAAGACCUUCAGGCAGAGUCUGUCUGUCAGUCUGUGGGCCAAGAUGAAGGUGUUAGUGGAUUAGUUUUCUUUCACAGUAUAAAUUGCCCUGUUCAGGAGUGUUCUGUCAGUGUGAUGUCUGAUUUUUAUUUAGACUCAAAGACCAAUGAAGAAUUAUCAAGAGCAACAUCUAAAGGUCAUCCAUCCCGUUCAACUCAGCCUGGAGAAGGUAUAGAGGAGAGCUUUCCCUCGUCACCUUUGGUUCAGACUUCAUUUCAUUGCAAAGCACAACAGACAGCGUUUGAUGGAAACCUGAAGAUCUGGACAUCUGGAUCACAGGUUUUGACACCAGACUUUUUGAAGUUCAGUUCUCAACCUGACAGGAAGCAAACAAGAACAGCCACCAUUAUUACCCAACAAAAUGGGGGUCUAGGCCCUUUAUAUGUCUAUCAAGAGCAAAGGAAAAGUUUGAAACACAAAUCUAACAAAGGCAACUGGUCUAUCCAAACAAGUCAAAAGCCAUACCUUUGUUCUGAAUGUGGGAAGAGCUUCUCUUUCAGGAGCCACCUGCAAACACACUGCAGAAUUCACACUGGAGAGAAGCCAUUUGGCUGUUCUGAAUGUGGAAAACGAUUUUCAGACCAAAGCAAUUUCCAGGCCCACAUGAGAAUUCACACUGGAGAGAAGCCAUACGUCUGUUCUGAAUGUGGAAAAAGCUUCUCCAACACGAGCACUCUUCAGACCCACAUGAGAAUUCAUACUGGAGAGAAACCGUAUGUAUGUUCUGAAUGUGGGAAGAGUUUCUCACAGAUCAGCCAGCUUCAUACCCAUAGAAGAAUUCAUACUGGAGAGAAACCGUAUAGCUGUUCGGAAUGUGGCAGCAGAUUCUAUGACAGGGGUAGUCUUUACAGACACUCUCGAAUACACACUGGGGAGAAGCCGUAUGACUGUAGUGAGUGUGGCAAAAGAUUCUCACAAAUGAACCAGCUUAACACUCACACCAGGAUUCAUACCGGAGAGAAACCAUAUUGCUGUUCGGAAUGUGGCAGAUGUUUCUCUGAUAGAGGAAGCUUUUUGAAACACUCCAGGGUUCACACAGGAGAAAAGCCACACGGCUGUACUGAAUGUGGCAAACGAUUCUCUAACAGGAGCUGUCUUACCCGCCACAUAAGCAUUCACACAGGUGAAAAGCCAUAUUGGUGUUCUGAGUGUGGGAAAAGAUUCUCUAGUAAUGGCAGUUUUCGGUAUCACCAAAGAAUUCACACCAGAGAGAAGGAGAAGGCCUAGAAGGAGAAAAACCGGUGGCAGGCAAAGGGGUGCUUGUUGGGUGCCUGGCCUGGGCUUCCUUCAAUUUUUUGAUCUAACCAGAUCUUCACAGGAUCAAAGUUAUCUAUUUCUUACAAAUUGUCUCAUAGAUGAGCAUUCAGUGACUUCUAUGUGCUGCCCCAUCAUUGUAAAAUAAUCAAAUCGCCCCCUUGCUCAGAUGUGGUGUUGUCCUUGUGCUUUCAGAACAAUCUGCGUCCCGCACCAUUAUGAAUGGAGAAAGGUUGUGAUAAGGGAUCUCUGUGGUUUGGGGUGGUGUUGACAUGUUGCAUGUUAAUUAACACAUAUAAGUAAGAAUUUCACUGUACUUUACAGAUGGUACAAUAUUAAACCUAUGAAAUUAUUUUGUAGGCACGCUCUGUCAUCCUCUCAUUUCCUCAACCAUGAAAGUUAACUUUCUUAUGUACAA